GCAGGGAACGGAUCCGGCCUGGGAGUGAGCGGAGGCGGUCGAGCUUGGAGCGCGGUCAGAAAUGUGAAGAAGUUUCUUUGGGAGGCAGUCUUGUGAGUGCUGAUCUUCGGGCAUGGACCAGGCAUCUGACAGUAGCAAGCAUGCGUCUGUGCCCAAUGCAGAGGAGGAACAGGUGUAUUUGGCUCUCCUUGCAUCUUGAUAUCUGCCAUCAAGGGCAACGCUCUGAUGCAACGUGGCACAGUCCAGACCGACAUUUGUGACAAAGGAGUGUUCAGGCAUAUUAAAACUGGUUUUCUGGAGGUUGCACUGUGCACCAGAUUAUUGUUUUCCUUUCUCGCCACCCUGUAGAAAUGGAGUUUUGCACCAUUAAAGCGGUAACGUUAUAGAUGGACCGACAUUAAAAUGUAGGGGCCCGCAAACUUCAGAGGUAUUUCUGCUCUGAGAAUCAGCCUUUCUCUGAUGAAUGCAGCAAGCUGUGAGAGAGCCAGUUUUUGCCAUUCCUUAAAGAAACCUCCAACUCAAUAAUCUUUUCUGCUUCCAAUGUGCUCCUGUAUCCUUAAACAUCUCUGUGUUUGUCCUUGUGAUUGAAAUCCCCAUGUAUGCACAUGCACAAGGUUUCACCAGAACUUCUCUGAACUAAUGGAAACCAUGCCAUGAGACCUGCUAAGACUUGCUAAUAGCCAUGACGGAACCCCACAGGGUUCAGUUCACCUCUUUGCCAGGUCCACUAAGCAACACUUUCUUGAAGAAGCCUCGUAAAGAGGACGUUGCAGGAGCAGAGCAGCCCCAGGACUCAGCUGCAGCAGCAGUUCGCAUCACACUCACCCUGUUUGAGCCAGAUCACAAACGGUGCCCGGAGUUCUUCUACCCAGAGCUUCUGAAGAAUACUCGAGGGAAAGUGAAAGGUAUUUCCUCAGGAGACAAGAAGAAAGACCUUGGUGAUCCCUUCAAUGAUGAAGAAAAGGAAAGACACAAAGUGGAAGCUCUUGCCAGGAAGUUUGAAGAGAAAUACGGUGGCAAGAAACGCAGGAAGGACCGUAUGCAGGACUUGAUUGAUAUGGGGUAUGGGUACGACGAAUCUGAUUCCUUCAUUGAUAAUUCUGAAGCGUACGAUGAGCUUGUUCCAGCUUCUCUAACUACAAAAUAUGGAGGGUUUUACAUCAACUCAGGAACAUUGCAGUUCCGACAGGCAUCUGAAUCGGAGGAUGACUUUAUCAAAGAGAAAAAGAAGAAAUCUCCCAAGAAGCGGAAGUUGAAAGAAGGAGGUGAAAAGAUGAAGAAGAAGAAGAAGGAUGACUCCUACGACAAGGAAAAGAAGUCGAAAAAAUCCAAGUUUCCCAAAGCAGGCUUCACAGCACUGAAUGCCAGUAAGGAGAAGAAGAAGAAGAAAUAUUCUGGUGCUCUGAGUGUCAAAGAGAUGCUGAAGAAAUUCCAGAAGGAGAAGGAAGCUCAGAAGAAGAGAGAUGAGGAGCAGAAGAUGGUGACACCCUCACCAGCAGAAGCUCCGACCCCGCGGGAAGUGGAGACUAUGUCUGAUCCUUUGCUAUCUCUCUUUGGCCAUGCCAGUGAAAGUGAGUUGCUUCAGGCUGCCACUGCUAUGGACUCCCUGACCGAUCUAGACCUGGAGCAUCUGUUCAACGAAUCUCCAGAAGGGAGUCCUUUCCAUGACAUGGAAGAUGGGAGUGACCCUCUUGGGAUGAGCUUGGAACAGGAGUUCAAACAGCCACCUUCCCUCCCAGACGGAGUACCAGCCACACUGGAGAAACGUAUCAAAGAACUGACUCAGGCUGCCAGAGCUGCAGAAGGAGAAGGCAAACAGAGGUUCUUCACUCAGGAUAUCAAUAACAUCAUACUGGACAUAGAGCUGCAGACCCGUGAGCUGAAUAGCCAGAUCCGAUCCGGGGUGUAUGCUCACCUGGCCUCCUUCCUUCCUUGCAGCAAAGAUACACUGGUCAAGCGUGCCCGCAGGCUUUAUCUUUAUGAACAGGGUGGCCGUCUGAAGGAGCCUCUCCAGAAGCUAAAGGAAGCAAUUGGACAGGCGAUGCCAGAGCAGAUGGCUAAAUAUCAGGAGGAGUGUCAAGCGCAUACCCAGGCCAAGUUUGCGAAGAUGCUGGAAGAGGAAAAGGACAAGGAGCAGAGAGACCGGGUUUGCUCUGAUGAGGAGGAUGAUGAAGAGAAGGGAGGGAAGCGGAUCAUGGGACCUCGGAAGAAAUUUCAGUGGAACGAUGAAAUCAGGGAGCUGCUUUGCCACGUGGUGAAGAUUAAACUGGAUGGCUACGAGCUGGAGAAGAACAAGGCUCAGUCUCUGGAGGAUUACGUGAAGACCUUUCUAGACGCAGAGGUCAAACCUCUCUGGCCGAAGGGCUGGAUGCAGUCCAGGACUCUGUUCAAGGAGAGCAGGCGUGUGCAUGGACACCUGACAUCAAUCCUGGCGAAGAAGAAAGUUAUGGCUCCUCCAAAAGUGAAGGUGAAAGAAUCCUCCAGUAAGCCAGAUAAGAAGACGCUGGUUUCUGUUCCAUUGAUCCACUCAAGUGGCCCGGUUUCUCUGCCUCCUGAGCCACAGGGAGUGGCCAUUGGCAUCAGCUCCCAGACCAGAGAGCUCUUGUGUCUCAGCGUUGCCCAAGCAUCUAGCAGCACUACCACCCUUGCUGCCUUUAGCAUGGACGACUCCCUGGAUGAGGACUUAAUUCGUAACCCAACCUCUUCCCUGGAAGCCGUGUCCAAGGAAUUGGCUGUGCUUAACAGCCGAGCCUGUGGGAGCCCUGAUUUCACUCUCCCUGGACCCCCAAAGCCUCCUUCAGAGAAGAUCACGAGUCUUGCAACUUCAGAGGAGAAGCGGAACUUUCCUAAGUCCAGCUCUUCUCCUACCCCACCCCCUGCUGGCUCUCUACAAUCACCUCUCAAUUUCCUGGCCGAACAGGCCCUGGCUUUGGGCCAGUCCUCUCAAGACAAAAAGGCAGAGAGUUCUGGUUACAAAGAGCUGCCCUGCCAAGUGUCCCCCAGUAAAAUCCUCCCCGAUGCGCACCAGUCCAAACAGAAGCACCACAGCCUGCAGCGAACGAGUCACGGGCCCCAGACGUCCACCCCCUUGCCAGUUGCCCAAGUGAAAGUCUUUCACUCGAGCAGCCAGCAGCAGAAAAGCUUCACGUCCCCAGCUCCGUUUGUCAAACUGCAGAGCCCCAAGUCUGUCUCCCCUGUGCCCCCGCGUUCCCUCCUCCAGCCGGUCAAGCCAUCGACCAAAGCUCAGGGCUUCCAUUCCUCGGUCUCAUCUGCAGGCAGCACACCAGCUUCUAGCAGCUCCCACAAGAGCCCUGGCUCCUCAACAGCAUCUCUAAACUACACAGGGAAGCACUCCACCAGCUCCAGCUCUUCAGGGCAGUCCUACAAAUCUCCCUUCAUUUCCAGCUCCCUCUCCAAGCAUGGGGCUUCUUCCAGCAGCUCCACGUCAGCAGUGUCUGCACACCAGAGCUCCUCGGGGGGCUUGCUGUCGGGUGUACAGACUCCCUCCCCGGGGCAGGCUUCCAGCCGGUCCUCCCCAAGCUCCAUGGUCAAAAAACCCCCAGUCUCCCAGAAGCUGACUCUAGUAGCGCCACCUGGUGGUCCAAAUGGAGAUUCUGGCGGAGGGACCCAGGGGGUAGCCAAGUUACUAACCUCCUCCAUAAAGCCAGCUGUGGUUAGUAGCACCACAUCUUCUACCUCUGUGCCGAAAGGAACUAGUGGAGCUGUGCUGCUAACCAGCUCUCCUCCCUUAAGUGUACUGUCUCCAUCCUACAAGUCCAGCAGUCCAAAGCUGCCGGGUGCCCUGAGCUCCACCCCGCUGGGGAUUAUCUCUCCCAUCCAUUCCUUCCCUCUUCACGUCAUCUCCUUCAGCUCAGACUCCUCCCCCAAAGCAGGAGUAUCCAAGGAUGCAAUUGUCACGGGACCUGCCCCUGGAACUUUCCACCAUGGCCUCAGCCACAGUCUUCUGGCUGGCUUGCACUCCAGCCCGCACCAUGCAGCACCACUCCCACACUCUGCCCUGUCCACCCAUUUACCGCAGAGUUUGCCAGAUGCGUCUCAGCUUCAUGGCAAAGGGUCCAAUGUGCAGCAGCGAAAAUUGUGACAUCUGCAAGAAGGGAAGCUAAUGCAAGCCCAGGACAAACCAAGAGGAGUCAGCCGUGAAGACUGGAUGCAGAUGGCCCGCUUUCCACCUGCUCUUUGUUUUCUUUUCCUGACAUCAGCUGGAGAAACUGAGUUGAGUGAAGAGCUCAUUGGCACUUUUGGUCAGUGGCAUCCAGAGAGGAGCUCUGCAGGAAGCAAGCCACCUUGCGCCACACCCUGGUGAGAGAAGCACUUACGGCACUGUUUCACUGCUGCCGGUCCUCACUGGCAAGUGCUAGAACUUGUGGGGAAACACUGGUGGGGCGUCUUUCUUUCAAAAAGUCAAGCGCCUUGGUGGAUUUCCCCCCACCUGUGUCUAAAUCUGCCAAGUACCUCUGAGUUCAGUUACCUCCUUGGUUCCCCAGGAGAGUACACGAAAGGUGCUUAUUCCUGCUUUGGAUUUACUUGGAUAACUCAAGCACUGCUAGUGCUUUUCGAAGACAUUGACUCUGUUCUAAUUUUUCAAUUGUACUAUAAAGCAGUGCUCAAGUUAGUUGGAGGACUUAGCACUUCCUUUAUGGUGACUAUCAUGAAUCGCCUGAUAUUCCCCUCUGGAGGAGACUGAAGACUCUUAGAGAGACAUUUCUAGAUGCACUCACGGACACUGAAAUGAUUCUACGUUUGUAUUUCCUCUCAAGGGAUUUUUUUUUUUUUUUUGUGCUCAGUUUUAUCAUUACCUUUGAAUGCAUUGGAUCGAUUGGAACACUUCUCAGCAUGUCACAUGUAUAGGAAGACAUAAUUCCAGUGCCUUUUAUGGUGGAGCAAGAAUGGACUAAUAACAUCCAUUACGGCCCUU